UUUACGUUUCAAAAUUAGUAUCAAACUCAUAUAAGUCACGAGCAAAGCAAAGUAUAGCAUAAAAGAGCUUAUUGUUUCAGAUUCUUUUCCCCACCCCACACAACAAGUCUUGAUCUUUCAACUUUAUUGUCCUCUCUCUCUCUCUCUCUCUACAAUGAUGGUUUCCAACAACAGUGUAACUGCAUUAUUAUUUCUACUGUUGGCUGGUUUUGUGAGCUCAGAUUUAACAGAAGACAGAAAAGAUUGUGCUGACAAACUUGUUACUCUUGCUAGUUGUCUUCCUUACGUUGGUGGUAGUGCCAAUACCCCCACUAUAGAUUGUUGCACUAACCUUAAACAAGUCCUUAAUAACACCAAAAAAUGCAUCUGUAUCCUCAUCAAAGAUAGCAAUGACCCCAAACUUGGCUUCCCAAUGAAUGCCACUCUUGCUGUACAGCUUCCAAACGCUUGUCACAUACCAUCUAAUAUAUCUGAAUGUGUAGAUCUUCUACAUUUGUCACCUAAAUCCCCUGAAGCUAAGGUGUUUGAAGGACUUGGAAAUUCUACCAAAACAAACAGUUCCACCCCUAUUUCCAGCGGUUCUGCUGAGAAGGGAUCAAGCUCAAGUUCUGAGGAAAAGAGUGGUGGUGGAUUGGGAAGGAGGUGGCUGGUGGCAGAGGUGGUUUGUGCUAUUUUACCAUUUCUUUUCAUAUCUCACUUCUUCAUCCUAACUUGAAGUUCAAGUUUGAAUCAUGAUCAAGAUUUAGAGAAUGGAAUCAUUACUUGAAUUGGAUAUAUUGAUAUUGGUUUGGUUGAUGUUUUGAUCUAAUAAUUCUCAUAGUUUUGUUAUGUAUGUUUUUCCCAAUUCCUAUAUUUUUCUGAGCAAAUUCAUGUUACUGCCCAUUUAUCUAUUUUUAGCAACUUAGUACUAGUGUCCAGUUGACA